UUUUCAUUUAAUUAAACACAAGUGUAUAAUCUAAGUAUUAGAGAGCAUAAUCUAAUUUAGAUAUGAAUCGAAGAUACAAGACCUUUUUGCAAGUAUAUAAGUUCUAGCAUUUUCAAAACCAUACUCCAACUUAGAGAGAGUAAAUAAUAUACUUACAUAAGAUAUAAAUUAAAAAUGCCUGUGUUCAUCCCUAUUAGAGAUCCGGAGUUCAAAUCAAAGGGUCUUCCACAAAAUAUAGCCAUGACAGAAAAACAAAUAAGGGAUAUAUUGAUGAAAGCAGAUAGUAAUGGAGAUGGUAGUUUGAGCAAAGAUGAACUUAAGAAAGCUUUCAAGGAAUUUGGUUCAAGGAUGCCUUGUUGGAGAGUUUCUUGUUGUCUAAGAAAAGCUGAUACCAACCGUGAUGGGAAAAUCAGUAAGGAAGAAAUUGAUCUUGUUGUUGAUUAUGUCUUAGCAUGGAUUGAGUCCAAGAAUUAGUUAUGCUUUAGUACUUACUAGCUAUAGAUGCAAAACUAAUUACCUAUGCUAUUUUUCUUUUCUUUUUUUUUCCUUUCUGUUUUUACCUAUGUUAUGUACAUAUAGUGACUUCAUGUAAAAUUAAUCUUGAGUUUUUAUGAGAUUAAUGAAACUGUUAAAUUUAACUUU